AUGGAUUCCUCUGAGCGUUGGCUAUUGGACGACUCCGCCCGUCUCACCAUGGAACCCAUGGAAGUCAUGGAUGUUACCAUGGAUAACUCCAUGCAUAAUUCCAAGAGUUAUUCCCAGGAUUAUUCCAUGGAUGAUGCUACGGAUGAUGCUACGGAUGAUACCUCGGAUGUGGACUUUGAUCUUCGUGACAAGAUCUUCGACGCCAUGCAAGAGAAUAACGAGGGCAAGGAGUUCAUUCCAGCCGAUGAAAUUACCCGCCUCGCCUCUCGCGACGCUAUCGAGGCCGAACUCAUGAACACGUGCGCACAUGACGAGUUGGCCAAGCACGUCGACUAUGUGCUCAACAAGCCGGCCAUCAAGGUUUUCCUCAUCCUGGUCUCAUGCCAGAACGUUGGUGCUAUGACCAAGAUAUAUGCCAGUGGCUUUGGUGAUGAACACUUACCCCUAUGUGAACAAGGUAGCACGAGAGGCGGCAAGCGCCAGAAGCAGCUCCAGUCGCUGAGCCCAAAGCCCGACACUGUUUCAGUCCUGAACCCUCUUCGCUCAUGGCGACAUGCUGAACGUCGCUUAUUUCUUGAGAAGCAGUGGGUUUUUAUGGCCCCCGUCUUUAGGAGAGAAGAGUUUGCGCACAAGCUGCACCCCCGCUGUCCUCUACCAUUUAUACCGUUCACCGAUAACGACCAGACUCAGAAUGGAGCUCGGGGGGGCAUGUCUGGCUCGAUUCAAGAGAUCCAAGUUCACGAGGCACAUCAGAAGGUUCUUCCGCAGGAUGGGAAACCUAUACGUGUUGCCUUGAAGAUCAUCUUACCCCAGAUGAGUCACUACUUUCAGCAAGAGGAGGAAACUUUACGCGUCAUUCAAAAUAUCGACCACCCGCAUCUCAUCAAGCCAAUCGCCUCAUACCAGUACCACAACCACGAAGAUGGCUGUUUCCUGUUUCCCUGGGCUGAGCGUGGGAAUCUCAAGGAGUUUUGGAAGACAGAGAAAACUCGCCCCCUCAAAAACCCUAAGAUGAUGGCAUGGAUGCUCAAGCAGAUGUGUGGCCUCUGCGACGCUCUUGGUAUUUUGCACGGUAAGGGCCGCCGCCACGGGGAUAUCAAGCCCGAGAACAUCCUUCUCUUUGAAGAAGGUGGCUACAAUGGCACCCUACGCAUUGCUGAUGUUGGACUGGCAAAGUUUCAUGCCGAUGCGACUGAGCGGCGCGUGCUACUCAAGGAGAUAACCAAGACCAUGACAGGAACAACGCGCUAUUUGUCCCCUGAAUUUGUCCACAAGGACCAGAUCCCACGCGUCUUUGAUGUAUGGUCUUUGGGCUGCGUCUUUGUCGAGUUUCUCAUCUGGACACUUCACGGCUACAAUCAACUCUCUAGCUUUAGAAAGGCCAGCUGUGCGUACUUCUGGGAGGAGGUGAACGGCUCGUUCGACAUUCACCCCGAGGUGCGCACGUGGAUGUCCAAUAUCGAAAAGAUCCUCCAAGGGUCAAAGACAGCCCUAGAAAGCCUGCUCAACCUGGUCAAGUCUCACAUGCUAGUUACCGAUGACAAGAUGCGGAGUUCGAGUACGGAGGUGCAUAAGAUGCUAGCUGAGAUUUGUCAACACGCAAAAAACGAACCCAGAUACCUCAACAAUGACGAGGUCGAAUCACGAGCCAGAACAUAUCCCCCACGCCCCAGGGAGUCUCCCCAUAAUCUUGCUCCUCCCCCGGAGCAGCAGAGAGGUAGACUAGCCCCUCAAAAGCAGGGCUCGUUUGACAUCCAUGUCGUGGGGCCAGACGAUGAGGUCGACAACACAAGCUUGAUAGUUAACACAACAAUCAGAGCUCAGCAAUACGUAGAAUGUGAGAUAAAGGAGACAACUUACUCGAACCAACUCAUCACUGACCGGUUACCUUCCAGAUGGUCAGCAAGAGCACACAUGCCAGAGGAGUUGUCGUUGCUGACCGUUGAUCAGGAGCAAGUACACAGGCUCAACAAAGACACCUGGCAGUCAAAAGCCGAUAAUGAGUUUGCACAAAGCUUGUUCUCCAACUCUGACUGGUCACACCAGUAUCCUGCUCAAGCGCCCUCAAAGCUCUGCCGCAAGUGCACGUCAUUGGACAUCUGGCAGCCGGGAUUUGAGUUUGGUGGUCUUGUUGGUGACAUCAGGGCCAGAUCCAAGGAAUGUGACCUUUGCCUUCUCUUUACCCAGGCUGCUUCAAAGCUAAAAUGGGGAGACAGCGUGAGACUCCUGAGCCGACGUGUCGAUUCUACCAUACGGAUCAUGCCAGAUGGUCCAACCAUUCUGUCACUCUAUUCAGACCCUGAGGAGGUCCCAGCCAGUCCAGAUGCCCAGAUUGGCUAUCCUCUCCUACCCAAGGCCGGAAGCCCCUCACAAUUCGCCUUCAUACAUGAGUGGUUACGUGUUUGUCGAGAAACACAUCGCCAUGGACGCUUGCCUGACGCUAGCCUCAAUUCGGCAGAGCUUCCAACCCGUGUCAUUGACCUCGGGGUCUCAGACAAGCCUAAGCUCCAACUAAUCGCCGGCGAGGACAUGGAGUCCCAACAGUAUUUCGCCUUGAGCCACUGCUGGGGCAAGAGCAUGAGGUUCAGGGCCCUAAAGGAGAACAUCGAGGCUCUCACCAAGGCAAUCGACUUCCGUCGCCUCCCACGUACCUUCAAAGAGGCUAUCAAGACGGCACGUGGGUUGAACGUGAGGUACUUGUGGAUCGAUUCCUUGUGCGUUAUUCAAGAUGACCAAGAUGACUGGAAGCGUGAAGCCGCCCGGAUGCAGCAGGUCUUUAGCAAUGCCACUUGUGUGAUUGCGGCUAGCUCGGCCAGUUCAUCUGCUGAAGGUUUCUUGGAGACUCGACGAGAUGAGCGACCUUUCGUAACGCUGCGUUCCCCUUCUGGGGCCACCACCUAUGUCUGCAAGUUUAUAGAUAACUUUGCCCAAGACAUGGAAGAGGCACCCCUAAACAAGCGUGGAUGGGUGCUACAGGAGAGAGCACUUGCACGACGGUCGAUUCACUUUACCUCGACUCAGGUCUACCUAGAGUGUGGUGAAGGUGUACACUGCGAGAGUUUGAUGAAGUUGGCAAAUGACAAAGCCGCUUUCUUGGGCGAUUCUGACUUCCCCAACUCCAUCGUCGAGUACUACAAGGGUGGCAGGAUCGUUCUCUCACAGAACCUGUUCAAGAUGUACUCGAGCCUCAAGUUCACUAACCCUUCAGAUCGGCCCAUUGCCAUAUCAGGUCUGGAGAAGAGAUUGAUGUCAACUUUUAAGACAAGAGGUGGCUAUGGCGUGUUUCAGGCCUUCUUUGAGCGUAGCCUCUUGUGGCAGCGACCAGAGUCGGGUUCCUUAGCUCGCAUUACCUACCCGGCAGAUUGGAAUGUUCCAUCCUGGUCGUGGAUGUCCUUUGAUGGUAGCAUCACGUACGUCGAUGCGCCGUUUGAGGAAGUCGACUGGACUAAAGACUAUGAGUCUCCGUUUGAAGCUAAAACUGGGAGACAAUAUUGGGAAGCCAAUGGGAGCAAUCCAACGCCCGUUCUCAAGUCGCAGUCGGCAAGGAAAUUCUCCUCAUCAGCCGACCCGGAAAUGGUCUCGGGGAGAAUCAAGUUCGAUCUAGACACUUAUACACAUCUCGAGCUCGUGGCUCUCCGAUGUAUCAUCAUUGGAAAGUCCAAGCCAUCUGGGCCUGAAGAUUCCACCCUGUACUACGUCUUGGUCAUAACCAGUUCACCUUCGGGCAAGGUCGAGGCGUACAUCCGGGUCGGAGUUGGGAUUUUUCUCAAGAGUCUUAUUUCUUGGGGCUCAGAGGAAUACGUAGAGGUUCAUUAG